UGAAAAUAUACAAAAAUGGCAAUAAGAAAUGGACAGAUUUGUCUUUCACAAGUUUUAAACCUUAAAUCCAACUCAGCUCGCAGAAAUUUGUUUUGCAUUCUGAAAAGAAAAAUAAUUUCGCAUAGUUCUGAGGCUAACACCACAAAAACUAUUUCAAAUGUCAAGGAAGAGCAUCAAAAUGAUCACAAAAAAACAAUUUUGAAAUCUGGACCUUCCUUAGAACAUUUUAUUGCAAAUCAUACCAGUGUUUCUCAGAAUGUACAGACAACUGGAGCAACUGCGGUUUCUUUGCCAUCUUAUAUCAAAAAGUCUACUUUGGAUGGACAGAAUCGAAAAGUUUAUUUUGAUGUACAUGGAUGUCAGAUGAAUGUUAAUGAUGUGGAGAUUUCAUGGUCAGUGUUGAAAAACAGUGGGUACACAAGAACUACAGAGCUAGGGCAGGCAGAUGUUAUACUCAUGAUGACAUGUUCUAUUAGAGAUGGGGCUGAACAAAAAAUAUGGAGGAAAUUACAUAUUCUCAAACAGUAUAAGAAAAAAAGACAGAGAAAGUCAGAAAAUUUACCACCAUUAAAAAUUGGUAUUUUAGGCUGUAUGGCAGAAAGGUUAAAGUCAAAGAUUUUGGAACAAGAGAAAAUGGUAGAUUUGGUGUGUGGUCCUGAUGCUUAUAAAGAUUUACCAAGAAUGUUAGCUGUUACUGAGUCAGGACAGACUGCAGUCAAUGUACUGUUGUCUCUAGAUGAAACUUAUGCUGAUAUUAUGCCUGUCAGACUUAAUGAAAAUUCACCAUCUGCUUUUGUUUCGAUAAUGAGAGGCUGUGAUAAUAUGUGUUCAUACUGUAUUGUACCAUUUACUCGUGGAAGAGAGAGAAGUAGACCCAUUUCUUCCAUUUUAGAUGAAGUCAGAAUGUUGUCUGAUCAGGGAAUAAAAGAAGUAACAUUACUUGGACAGAAUGUCAAUAGUUAUAGAGAUACUUCUGACACUACAAUUCACAACAGUAUUGACACCAAACUGACUCCUGGCUUUAAAACAAUAUAUAAACCUAAGACUGGAGGAAGAAGGUUUUCUGAUUUACUAGAUAAAGUCUCACAGAUUGAUCCAGAGAUGAGGAUAAGGUUCACAUCACCACAUCCAAAGGAUUUCCCUGAUGAGGUAUUAGAUUUGAUAAAAGAAAGGUCAAAUAUAUGUAAUCAGAUACACCUACCUGCUCAGAGUGGAAAUAGUGAAGUUUUACAGAGAAUGAGACGAGGCUACACAAGAGAGGCCUACCUAGACCUUGUCUAUCAUAUCAGACAUAGAAUACCAGAUGUGUAUCUAUCCAGUGACUUUAUUGCUGGUUUUUGUGAAGAAACAGAAUUGGAACAUGAAGAUACAGUCUCGUUAAUGAAGGAAGUCAAAUAUCAUGUGGUUUAUUCUUUCCCUUACAGUAUGAGACAGAAGACGAGUGCCUACCAUCGACUUCAAGAUAAUGUAACAGAUGAUGUAAAGAGCAGACGACACUUACAGUUGAGAGAUUUGUUUAGACAAGAGGCAUUGAAGUUAAAUGAAAAAGAAAUUGGAAGCACUCAGUUAAUUUUGAUUGAAGGGGAAAGUAAAAGAUCAGCUUUAGAUAUGGCAGGGAGAAAUGAUGGCAACGUUAAAGUUAUUGUCCCCAACACCAACAUACCAGAAAGUUGUGUUGAUACUUCAACAAGAAAGAUACAGAGAGGGGACUAUGUUGUUGUUAAGAUUAGGUCAGCUAAUUCUCAAGUUUUACAUGGAAUACCACUGUACCAUACUACUUUGACAGAAUUUUAUAGCAAUGACAAAUUAUUUUCAGAACAGUUGUACCAAUCAUCAGCUUUAUGAAUGAUAUUGUUCACACUCUAAUUUGUUCAGUAAUAAAAUCCAUUUUCAAGGGCCA